UAAAACUUCACUCCAAAAUCACGUAUAUUCGUGUCCCUCAAGGUCAAACUUCUAGAUAUGACCGACUGGCACAAUGGUUCAUCAAUUUACAAAUGUUAUUUUAUUGGGUCUAAGGAUUUUAGCAGACCAGUUUUUUAGCAGAAUCAGAACAAUUAUAAAGUGUGAUAGCUAACUUCAAACGCGGCAUUGGCGAUUAGCGACCGCUUGCUCCGCUGCGCUUCAAUUCAACACGAGUGUUAUUGUGCGCGUAAAUCUUUGUUUAGCCGCUAAUUUAGACUGUUGAGUUUCAAAGUUGUUAGUUUUGUGGACAAAUUGUCUGAUAAUUGUCUUAAUUGGAGAAGCUUGGCCCAGACUGAGCGUCUUUUUGAGUCUGUCAAUCAAUCAUCCAUCACUUUUUUUAGGUUGGUCUGCUAAAAGACUCAUUUUUCACUUUUUAUGCUAAAAGAUUGGUCUGCUAAACGAUCGGUCCCUUGUACAGUUUUCGAUGUAUUUGUAUAAGUCUAGCGUGGCCCUAUCCUGCUUGUUCACUGACCGAGCCUAAAAAGAGGGUUUUUUAUAAAGAGGCCACAAUAUAUGAAGCUAAAUUUUUCAUGAAAAUUGAUACUUUUGUAAUUUAUAGCGAAGAUUACCAAUUUAGUCUGAUUGCUGCGGCCUGUGAGUUUUUGUGACAGCUGAGAUGAAAGUUUUUAGCUUUCAGCUCGAUGUAAUGAGUAUCCAAACUUUUGAGCUCAGUGGUUUGCUUGAUGAGUGCGACCUAGCUCUGUUGAACGUCAGUAUCUCUUGCUUCGAUUUGGAGCAAGAUAAUUUAUUUAUCGGAACAACUAAUGGCCAAGUCAUUCAAUUUUCUAUUGCAACUAACAGUAGAAAAUCUGCUGUCUUUUCAACGGAGCACCUGGCUACAACAAAGCUUCCUGUUUCCUCCAGAAUAAGCAAUCUUUUUUGUUCAUUGUCGAUAUCUGCUAUUAUUUGCGUCUGCGACGAGCAAUUAUACUGUUUACAAUCAAAUAGUUUAAAAAUUGUGUCAUCUCUUAGUGGCAGAGCAAAAUCGAUUUCAUGCAUGAGUAUAAACCAGAAUCCUGUAAAUGACGACACAAUAGGAGUAGAGUUUCUAAUAGGCACUUCGCGCAAAAUGAUCCAGUUGUUCCAUCUCUCACUGGACUAUAAGUUAUCUCUAAUCAAGCAAGUGUCUGUGUCUGAAAUACCGAUUUGUAUCGCUGUCGACAGUUGGGUGGCUAUAUGGGCGUCAUCUGGGGCUUAUUACAUAACAGACAUGAAAAAUGGCACAUCUUCAAUGCUAUUUCCUUACCAAAAAGGUAGUAUAGUGGAGCCAUUUGUGAAGCGCAUUGGUGUUGGCGAGUUCAUUUUGAAUGGGCCAAAUGCUCUUGGUGUUUUUGCCAAUAGUCAGGGUGUUUCACAAAAACCACCUCUUACAUGGUCACCGACAACAUUCGCUACUGCUUUCUCGCAUCCGUAUGUUCUGGCUUUAGAUGACGAAUUUCUGACCGUGCAUAGUGUUCUAGAUCAGAUUCAGAAGCAGAGUAUUCCAUCUCCUGGCUGGAAACAUCUGGAAAAUACAAACGGAAAAGUAGUUGUUGGUUCGAGCAGAGACCUACUAGUCGCUUUGUUGUUGACUCAGCAGCAACAGAUAAAGGGAUUACUCGAUGAGAAGAGAAUUGACGAAGCUCUAGCUGUUUUGGAUAAUUAUUAUCAGACUAAUUCGGCGAAAAACGAAGAAGACUUCUUCGCAUUCAAGAGAAAAACGGAACAGAAAUGCGCUUUUUUUAAGCUCAAAAAUAGAGAGUUCUCAGAAGCUAGACGUCUUUUCCUAAGUUCCGAUUUGCAGAUUGAAACUUUGAUAGGAAUGUGGCCUUCAUGUAGUAAAACAAGCAGUCGUUUCAAAUGUAAAGAAAUCAACAUCGACGAGUUAUGCGCUCAAAACGCAUCUCAUUUCAAUCAGUAUGCAGAUUUUUAUAUUUCAAUAAUCAUGCAAUACAUACGAAGUGAUUCAGUUUACAGUGAAACAUUAGAUGCAUGUGCUGAAAUUUUGAUCAAUCUCUAUUGUCAAACAGAUUCGGUUAAGUUAUUUGAGCUCAUAGACCAGAAUUUUUUUCUACCCUUUAAUGGAGACUUGGUGGUGGCCCUGCUCAAAGAAAACAAGCAGUGGCACUCAGCCGCUUUACAUUUGAAUAAAAUUUUCAACGAGAAAGUUUCUCUGCAAAUUUGGAUGGAUCUAGUGGAUAAUAAAAUUGAAGACCCUUUAUUUCCCGGUAUACAUUUUCUAACCGAUCCAAUUUCAAAGUUUCAAACCACUCGUGUUGUAUUAGAUGCAUUGCACUGGUUGUGCGAAAAAGGCGAAGACAAACUUGCUUUGCCUUUAGCCAUUGAGAGGGCGAAUCUAGUUGAUCUUGAUUCAUCAUUUCAUCCCUCCAAGAUGGUCACAGAGUUCGACCAGCAUUCUGAUUUCGUUCUCAGGUUUCUUGAAGCCCUGUAUAAAAAGUGCGAUUACAAUGUGAACUUGAUUUUGUUCAAACGAUUUCAUAGGAAAGUACAUGAGAUAAAAAAUGAACAAUUUACAGACGAAAUUUCAUACAGAGACAGAUUUCGAACAUUUUUGAGAGGCUCACCGAGUUUAAAUCUGCAAGAGGCGCUAUCAUACUUUGCUAACUGUAGCUGCUGUGAGGAGGAAACACUUAUCCUUUUAAGAAGACUCGGUCUGCAUGAAAAAGCCCUCUCCCUUAUUCUGAAAGAUAACGGUGUCACUGAAUUUGAAUCAGCUCUCGACUAUUGUGAAAAAGUUCAAGAUGAAAGUGGCGAAAAAUUGUACGAAAGUUUGUUAGAUCGACUGAACAACAAGACUCUCUGUUUAGAGUUAAUUAAACGUCAUGGGAACAAAAUCAGUCCUUCGAAGACAUUACAGUACAUUCCUGACGAUUUCAAACUGAAAGAUGCUAGUGCUCAUGUCACAAAAGCUCUCAAAUGUAGAGCAAAUGCGAGUAGUUUGCUUAGCUUACGCCAAUACGCAACUCUACAAGUUGCUCAAGACUACAAGGCCAAAGAGCUUGAAAUGAUCAAAACCCUUGGUCCCAUUUGUAUUGACGACAAUUCCACAUGUUGUGUAUGCAAUGGUCCGUUUUUUGAAUCCGCCUUUGUCCGUUUACCAGGCUUUAAUAAUGCCACAUCAAGUGAACCGCAAAUAGUUCACGUUACUUGCAUGACCGAUUCAACGACAAACUGAAAGCCAUAUGGUAAAGCAUCGAUUAACUAAUUCCAAGUGACAUGAUACCAAAUUCCAAGAUGGGAAAUCAAACGCACGUGGGAAAGAAUUGAGCUAAAUGGAAUCAAUAAAGCUUUCUCUUUCUUCAAAUCCUUUAUGGAAAAUAUAAAUAUUUAUAAAUGCUACUCAAGUAUAGACGAACACGCUUAUUAUAUGGAUGUUAUGUAAAUGGCUGAUUCCGCAUACAUUCACUCGUGUCAUCUGUGCUAAACAUGCUCAAAUGAUGCAAAUCAAUUUUAAGAGAAACAUUAGAUUUAGCAGUCUUUAUUUUAAUUAAAAUAUGUUUGAUCUAGCUUUUGGCAAAAUUUCCGUCUUUUUGGAAGAAAGUUUUUCAAGCUGGAUUGUGGUAUCCACGAAAAGUGAGUUUUUUAUUGACAGGUUUUGAAUAGAUGAACCCUUGC